AUGAGCAGCGAGUGUUUGUUACCUUAUUACACAGCCCACAGCUACCGUUCAAUGGGUGUGUUCAAUACCUCCAUGGGGGAACUGCAACGACAACUGUACAAGGGAGGGGAGUAUGACAUUUUCAAAUAUGCACCUAUGUUUGAAAGUGACUUUAUCCAGAUCAGCAAAAAAGGAGAGGUGAUUGAUGUACACAACCGUGUCCGAAUGGUGACUGUGGGCAUUGCAUCCACUAGUCCCAUCCUCCCGCUACCUGAUGUCAUGCUGCUGGCUCGACCAACGAAAGUCUGUGAAGAACAUGCCAAACACGCCCGGACCACCACCAAGGGGAGAGGUCGCAAGCCCACAAAGAUCCUAGAGCUCACCAGGCUGCUUCCCCUAAAAUUUGUCAAGAUCUCCAUUCACGAUCGUGAGAAACAGCAGCUGCGCCUGAAGCUUGCCACUGGCCGUACUUUCUAUUUGCAGCUGUGUCCCUCUUCAGAUGCACGAGAAGAUCUCUUCUGCUACUGGGAAAAACUUGUCUAUCUUCUGAGACCCCCAGCGGAUAGCAGCAGCAGUACCCCGACCCUGCCAAAUGGGGAAGGAGCCAACUUAGAAGAUGACAAAAGCCUAAUGACCACAGAGCUCCAUGGAGAAGGGGAUCAGGAUGAGUUCAGGCUUCACAAGCCCCGUGAGGUGUCUAGAGCCAACUCUUCUGCUUACGCUGGGGGAGAGGGAAUCCAUCAUGGUCAUCGUGGAAUGCCCAGUUCACCUGCAGUAAUGAGGUCUGCAGGGAUGGUCAAAGGAGCAGCUAACAGGGCAGCCUCAGGCAUGGCAGUAGCGGGAUCAGCAACAAGCUCUACAGCAGGCUUGGCAGUGGCAGGGGCAAAAACAAGCUCUUCAUCAGGUGCUCUGAGCUUAGCAGCAACCAAAUCUACCAGCACAGGCCAGGUAAGCACGGCCCUGUCUGGAGCCACCGUCAAAUGUCCGGGAGAAAGCGGAUCCAACAAGGCCAUCGCAGGUGCUGUCAAUAUAUCCUCAGAGGGUACAGAUGUGGCCUUGGGUGCUGCAAGCAUGUCCUCAGUAGGUGCUUCUACCCUGACCACGGGGGCUGCCAGUAUCUCCCCAGGGAGCAGCAUGAGUGUGGUGUUUGCAGGCACCAUGACAACUGGCACAGCUGCUGCAGAAAGAUCUGGAUGCCCAGUUGUAGGACCCCUGGUCUCCACCUUGCAGAGCGAAGGCUACAUGAGUGAACGGGAUGGAAGCCAGAAGGUCUCCCAGCCCAAUGCUGAAACCCGGAAGGGAAAAAAAGAAAGAAGAGAAAAGAAGGACAGAACUUCCAGCAGGAAAAGUUCCCAUCACCACAGGACAGGUGAAAGUCACCACAGGACCGGAGGAAAUAAGUCGACCCGGAAAUCAUCCUCCCAUCGGUCCUUAUCCGGCCAUGACAAAAGAGAUGACAGAAAGGAGAAGGGGCAGAGCCAUGCAAGAAGCAGAGGACACAGCUCUCACAAGAGUGGUACCCAUGGCUCUGCAGCAAGGGUGUCAAGGACAGCUCACAAAUUGGGGAAGAUCAAAUCUGCAAAUAGUUCAAGUGCUAUAAGUAAGAAAUCCAGUAAAAUUGGCUCUUUCUUCAGGAACUUGAGAGCCAUGCCUGGUUCAAAAACAAGGGUCCCAUCACACAAUAGAGAGGUAGACUUCGUGGCUAAGUCGUUAGAGAAGUGCAACAUAGAGACGAAGGUAGAGAAAACCCCGGAUGGCAAAGACCUGGAAAUCUGUAGCACCAUGACAUCUGAAUCAAUGGAGACCAUAAUCUUUGAAGCAAAAUCCAUUUAA